UGAUAAACAGAAAAGGUAUCGAAAAGAAAACAAAAUGGGCGAGAUCCUCCUCCGCUCGGGCCCGCCUCAGGGCCGAGGGCCGUUCGUGAUGCUGCCGGAAUGAAAUCGAGGACCGCUUGCGAAAGAGCAAAUCCUCGAGAGCGUGGCCCGGGGCUGCCAAGCCCUCGCGGGGGACAGGGACGCGCUCCAAGCGGCGCAUCCCGCCUCGGCGCCCAGGAGGUGGGGCCGGAGCGCGCCGGCGGACACGAGGCUCGGCCGUUACCCGAGGGCUCCGGGCCGGCGCUGGCCGCGGCGCGCUGCGGGUAAAUACCUUCAGCGGGGCGGGGGAGAGAAGCGUCGAAUUUCAAAAGAAAAAAAAAAAAACACACACAACAACAACAACCCACCAAACCCCCACAGCCCCGGGCGGGCGGGCGCGCGGAUGGGCGCCCUUUGGCUGCGGGAGCGAGUGGAGGAUGCUGGGAAGGAGGUAAAAUGGCCACCGGCGGCGGCGCGGAGGAGGAGAGGAAGCGGGGGCGGCCGCAGCUCCUGCCCCCCGCGCGGCCCGCCGCUCGCGGCGAGGAGGCCGAGGGCGGCCGCGAGAAGAUGGGCUGGGCCCAGGUGGUGAAGAACCUGGCCGAGAAGAAGGGCGAGUUCCGCGAGUCGCGGCCGUCGCGGCGGGAGGAGGAGGGAGGCAGCGGCGUGGGCGGCGGGCUCGGCGCCCCCGCGGGCUUGGCGGCGCCGGGCCUCGGCGACUUCCCCCCGGCCGGCCGCGGGGACCCGAAGGGUCGGCGGAGAGACCCGGCCGGCGAGGCGGCGGAUCCCCGCAAGAAGAAGGGUGCACCCGAGGCGGGCCGGAGGAAGAAGGCCGAGGCGGCGGCGGCGGCGGCCAUGGCGGGCCCGGCCGGGCCUGGCGCGGCGGAGGACGCGGCCGAGCGGCCCGCUCAGGACGAGCAGGCAGUGGCGACGGGCCCCGCGGCGGGCCCGGGCAAGGGCCGCUUCCUGGUGCGCAUCUGUUUCCAGGGAGACGAGGGCGCCUGCCCGACCCGGGACUUCGUUGUGGGCGCGCUCAUCCUGCGUUCCAUCGGCAUGGACCCGAGCGACAUCUACGCGGUCAUCCAGAUCCCAGGCAGCCGCGAGUUCGACGUGAGCUUCCGCUCGGCGGAGAAGCUGGCCCUGUUCCUACGCGUCUACGAGGAGAAGCGCGAGCAGGAGGACUGCUGGGAGAACUUUGUGGUGCUGGGGCGGAGCAAGUCCAGCUUGAAGACGCUCUUCAUCCUCUUCCGGAACGAGACGGUGGACGUGGAGGACAUCGUGACCUGGCUCAAGCGCCACUGCGAUGUGCUGGCAGUGCCCGUGAAAGUGACCGACAGGUUUGGGAUCUGGACCGGGGAGUACAAGUGUGAGAUCGAGCUGCGCCAGGGGGAGGGCGGGGUCAGGCACCUGCCGGGGGCCUUCUUCCUGGGGGCCGAGAGGGGCUACAGCUGGUACAAGGGGCAGCCCAAGACGUGCUUUAAAUGUGGUUCCCGGACCCACAUGAGCGGCAGCUGCACGCAGGACAGGUGCUUCAGGUGCGGGGAGGAGGGUCACCUGAGCCCUUAUUGCCGGAAGGGUAUCGUGUGUAACCUCUGUGGCAAGCGAGGACACGCCUUUGCCCAGUGUCCCAAAGCAGUUCACAAUUCCGUGGCAGCUCAGCUAACCGGGAUGGCUGGGCACUGAACACCCACCUGCCUGCCAGGGUGAACACAGAGCCAGCUUACCCCUCUUAAGUGCCAAAACUUUUUUUUAAACCUACAAGAGACAUCUCUCUCUCUGCCUUCUUAAACCGAGUUUACUCCAUUUCAGCCUUUUCUGAAUUGGUGACUCUGUCAUCAGUAACCACCGAGAACUGUAGCGUGCAGAUGUGUCGCCUCUCCCUUUUUAAAAUUUUGUUUUCGUUUUUGUAUCUGGGUUGGUUUUUGUUUUUGUUUUUGUGUGUGGUUUUUGUGUGGGGUUUUUUGUACUUUUUUUAUUCCCCACGCCUUGUCUUCUCCCGGGAUUUUCAUCCAUUGGGCUGCCUUGCUCAUCUUUAUGCCCCAGCACUAGGUGCGGGGCCCACCACGUGGUAGGCACUCCAUCAGUAGUUUGUUGAGAACAUUGUUGACUGGCUUCUGUCAGGGUGUCUACUUUUUGCAGCUCUUACCUUCCCCGUUUAAUUUGCUGCUUCUAAUCUAUGUGGUCUGAGAAUUUGUGAAACCAGUGUUGUUAGAAGUGUAUGUAAUCUGAGUCAGUAAGCUCUGAAUGGUGGCCAAGGGCCUCUCUUAUGGCAUUAAAAUGCAUGGACUUUGGGACAGCUGUUCAGUGGCUCAGAAGCCAUUUUUCACAGAAUCAUGGAAUUUGGAAUUUUCUUGCUGGAAAGGACCUAAAAAUUGGUUUAGACCAAUCCCAUGGAUUUCCAGCAGAUGAAACAGGCCCAGAGAGGUUAAAUGACUGGGUCAAAAUCACAUAGCUGUCUGGUGCCAGAGCUAGCCUAGAGUAGAGUUCCCUGACCCCAAGCCCGGUGCUCAUUCCACUACCUCUCACACUUCACAACAUUUUCCUCAACACUUGAGGGCCCAGAAAGUCUGAUCUCUCCAGAAUGAUGAGCCCAGAGGAAUGCUAAGAAAUCGUCUCCGGGAGGAAGCAGAAAGGGAUUUAGCAGGGGCUUCUGAAUACUUGGGAGAUAGAGGAGGGCCAAAGGAACACAAUCUAGGGUGUACUCAUUGCUCCCUGGGGUAUUAUAUCUGGAUUAAAGUGCCAAGUCCUUUGGGGCCUUACCCUUCAUCAUUCACUGCCACCACUUAGAAAUGGGGGUGUUCCUAAAUAAGGAAACCUACCAGAGGUUUACGUUUGCACCUUAGCCCCAGUAGCUAGAAACCCCAGAGAAGCCUCUAACUGGAGCACAUCUACAACUUCCUGACUCACAGGAGAAAGGUGAUUUUAACCUGGAAUCAUAAGUAAGCUGUUAACUCUAAAAUUUGCUUGCAAAAUAGGUCAAGCAAGAGGGCAUUGGGUCAACUAAGUGUUACCGAGUUAAAGUAGAAAAGACAGUAAGCUGCUUUUCUUUUAGUUUUUGUUUUUCCUUUGCAUUAUGUUUUGCUAUUUCCUUGUGGCUUAGAAUGUAAAAUCGAUUGUUAAAAGUUUUGUUCUGAAUAAAUAUUUAUCUUUUGUAUUGCUAA